AUGAGUUCUAUGAACGCCCGCUUCAAAAGCCUUGGGUUCGGUUCCAAACGUAAAUCAAGUGCAAACAAUAUCUCAACCUCUAUCCCGCAGAACCCCACUUCCACUGCCUCGUUACCACAACUCGCGCAAUUACCCGGACAGCCUGCCCCUACUACACAAACUGCUUCCUCUUCCACCGCAAGCUUACCUAUGAAUCAUCAGGGAGGUGCUGGCGUAAGACCGCCCAGCUACUCUAAUCAAUAUACUCCUGUUGGACGCACGACGUCUCCCAUGGCUCAAGGUACUCCACGAACCCCUCCUACACAGAUGAUGGGCGGACCACCACCGAUUAACACAGCAGCCACCGGUGGUUAUCCUCCUCAACAAGGAGGUAUGGGAGGACCUCCUCCUCCAGCUGGGCCACCUCAAUACAAUCAUCCUCCUCAGUAUGGUGCUGGAGGAGCACCGAUGCAAGCUGCCGGCCCUCAGUAUGGUGCAAGGAAUAAUGCGGUAGAGGUCGAAGGCGCUGGGUACGACUUUCUCAGGUGUAGCCUUCGCUUUUGCGACCAACACCGAGGCAAAAGAAGACAUUAUCACCGAAUGGCCCGGGCGGGAUCAUAUACAAAGCAAAAGAUUCCCACCGUCCUUUACUAUGAUCAAUACCAGAAAGUCGUUGGGUGGGGUCCUGAUAUUGCAGAUGCUUUGGCACCAACUGGUUACCCAAAGCCAGGUGUUCAAAAGGUAGAAUGGUUCAAGCUUCAAUUGAUGCUAUCCGGAAACACAUAUAUCGAUCCCAUCAACCUUCCUCCCCUUCCACCAGGAAAGUCCGAGAUCGACGUCGCAGCAGAUUACCUUUUCAAACUUCGACAAGCAAUGAGAAAUCAAUUACAAAAGACUUUAGGAGAGGUGUUCAAUCGAGAAGAAAGAAAUAUCCGAUACUACCUUACAGUCCCCGCUAUUUGGAAUGAUGCUGGAAAAGCUGCAACCCGAGCUGCUGCCAUUCAGGCUGGAUUCUUGAGGGAUGAGAACGAUAAUCGAUUGACACUGAUUACAGAACCCGAAGCUGCUGCUUUGUUCUGCUCAAAGGCUGGUCUCUUGAACCUCAAGAUUCAUGACGCUGUACUCAUUGUUGAUUGUGGUGGUGGAACUGUCGAUUUGAUUGCGUAUGAGGUUGAGGAAGAGUCACCAUUCACGGUUUCCGAGUGUACGGCAGGAUCUGGUGAUUCUUGCGGAUCUACUGCAUUGAAUCGAAACUUUAGUAAUAUCUUACGAACCAAGAUCCGAAAGAUGAAGUUACCCGAAGGUUCGAAGACAGCCGGAAGAGUGUAUGCGAAGUGUAUUAUGGACUUUGAGAACAGAAUAAAGGCAGAUUUCAGAAAUAACAAUCAGAAAUGGGCAGUGGACGUGGGAAUUGAAGCAGAGUUCCCCGAGGCAGGAAUUGAAGAGGGAUAUAUGACUUUCACCAACGAAGAAAUUCUACAAUGUUUUGAGCCAGUCGUCAACCGAAUUCUGGAAUUGGUUCGCAACCAAAUCAUUGCAAUUCAAGCACAAAACCGAACACUCCAGAAUGUCUUGGUUGUUGGUGGUUUCGGUGCAUCUGAGUAUCUUUUCCAACAGAUCAAACUUCAUGUACCACCUCAGUUCCAAGCUAAGGUAGUUCGUCCUAUGGAUUCAGUAGCUGCUAUUGUUAAGGGUGCCGUUACUGCUGGUAUCACCGAAAGGGUCAUUACAUCCCGUGUAGCUCGUCGUCAUUACCUCAUGGCAACUCUGCAACCUUUCAAGGAAGGACAUCAUCCAGAAGCUUACCGUGUUCCAUCCUUGGAUGGUAAGGAUCGAUGCAAGUUUACUCGUCAAAUUUUUGUACAAAAGGGACAAAGAGUCAAGAUUGGUGAGCCAGUCAAGGUAUCAUUCUUUAGACAGGUUGCACCGGGAGCAACUCUGAUGUAUGAGGACAUCUUGUAUGCUUGUGAUGAUGAUGUUUGCCCGGAAUACACAAAGGAUCCACGUGUCAAGGAAGUUGUUACUCUUACCUCGGAUCUCUCUCGCAAGAAUCUUGAAAAGGAUUUCGAGAGAAUGGAUACCCACAAGGCACAUUCUACCGAGUGUACUUUGAUAUCUACCUCACCCUCGAUGGAUCCGAAUUCAAUGCAGAACUUGUUUGCCAAGGAGAAGUCAUGGGCCGUUGCACUUCUAGAUUCAGAUAAUCUUUCCUCUCCAUCAACCAUAAAAAAAUAAUAAGGAUUGGAUUCGACGAAUUUCUUUUUUUUACUUCUUAGCGUUGUUCGAUAUCGGGUUACUUACAGUAGCAUCACAAUUUGCGAUGCACGGCGCUGGAGUGUAAGGAAGCAAUUUAAGAUUUGAUAGCAGAAAGCGUUUCUGCAAUGAUUUCAUGACGAACUGGGGAGAUUAUUGAGCAAAGAAGAAGUGCCUGCCUGGGUCGACUGAUGAGGAGUGAUCAGAUCUAAAACUAGUGGUGAGAUUUACAUGAUGGAUGGAUGAAAAUUCAGUCGUUUGGAUCAGAUGAGGUUAUUUUUUCUAGCAGAAUGGAUGAUUUUUUGCAUCUUAAUGAUAGGGACGAAUGGAUCCAUAGUUUA